CUGACAGCGCCGAGGAGAGAGGAGCCGAGCAAGCCGGGCGGCCGUUGAGUGAGCCAGCGCCCGCCCGGGCGGCCAGUCCGGCGGGGGGCGGCGGGGCGGGCCGGGCCGGGGGCGGCCGGGGCGCGGGCGGCGCGGCGCUCGGGAAGCGGGCCCAGGCCCGCGGAGCCCGGCGGGGCAGGGCGGGGCGAGGCGGCCGAGGGAGGCCCAGCCCGACCCGGCGCCCGGUGGCCCCACCGGCACAACCGGGCGCCCGGGGACUGGCCAGGCUGCGAGCCGAGGGCCAGCGGGCGGGAGGCGGCGGAGCGGAGAGGAGGCUGCGAGCCCCGUGCGCCCCGGCCCGCCGGGCCCGCCGCGCGCUCCCUCCCCUCGUCUCGCCUCGCCUCGCCUCCUCCUCUUGCUCUUCUCGCCUCCUCUCCUCCACCCGGCGCCGCUCCAGCCCGCGCCCGGCCGCCAGACCCAGCCCGGCCGGGCCCCCUGCCCCGCUCUCCCUCGGCCCGGCCCGGCGGGGACCUGGUCCCCGCGGCCAACACCGCCCCUCCCCCCGGGGCCCGGCGAUUCCGGACCUUUCCGACCGUGGACUGAGCCGCGAGAGCGUUGUCGCCCCGGAGGACCCCGGGGCUAGACUGAGCGGACCCUCGCGGCCGCUCCGGACGCCGCAGGUGCCGGAGCGCGGUCAUUCGGGGUCCGGGCUGAGCGCGCCCCGGGCGCCCACGGGUGCCAGCUCACUCCGGGCAGGGCAGACCCCGGCAGAGCCCGGAGCCGGCCGAUCUGGACUGGACAGAGCGAAUUCAGGACGGUGCCGAGCCCCGGGAAUGCCGGGCGUGGGCUGAAGGGAUCCCGGCGCCCUCCGAUCCCUCAGACUUUGGCUUGCGUGCUGGGACCGGACCGGCGUCGCCUCGGUCGCCCUGUGCCCGGUUCACCUGUGGCCUCAGAGCCCCGGACCCGCCGGACCCUUGCUCAUUCCCCACCAGAGCCCGGCGGGGGUUGGGAGAGAUUUUUCCUGGCCUCUUCCUUGGAGCGUGGAGGCCCCGCCCCCUCCCACCGUCCAGAUGUCUCCAGUGGCGGCUCUGAGGACCUCCUUGAGGCCAAGGACCGAAGGGUCCAGAGAGAGAAGCCCGCCCUAGGGAGCCUUGGGGGCCCCCCAACCUCGCCUUGGGACUUGGCCCCCGACGCUGCGCGGAAGGAAGGCCAGUGCCCCCACUCCCCGCCUUGGGGGCUGCCCUCCUCCAAUCCGGCUCCCUUCCCAGAGCCACCCACAUCUGGAGCCCCCUUCACAUCCGGAAGACCCCAGCCACCAUCCCUCUGCAGGUGUCAGUUGCAUCUCGAGACCUCUGCCUUUGCAAUUUCCUAGGAGUUGUGAGGGUAUUACUGCUGCCUUCCGCCCAUCCCAAGGGCAUCUCUUACCCAUAGUCCCUGCAGAGUCAUCCCCCUGCCUCUGUGUCCAGCUCAGCAUACCCACAGGCACUUCAAGUCCUAGAGGCCACUCCUGAGACCCAAGGCCCCUCCCCCUGCUCUCCUGUGUCCUCACCUUGACCCCCCUUGGUCAGACUCUGUCUCCCUCUGGGUGUCCCAUUCCCCACCCAGAGGUAGAGGAGGCGGGGUGGCAGGGGGCAGGGGCUGGGUGAGGGCCACCCAGGGCCAGGGUGGGCUAGGGGGCCGUUAAGAUGUGGAGCUCUGCCCAGCUGAGGGGGGCUCCGUGGAGGCAGACGCAGCGUGUGCCCGGCUGGCGGGAGUAUGGGCAGGCCUGCAGCCACGUGGUAAAGGAUGAACAUUCGGGGCACCCCGGACCUCGGGCAGCCCAGUGACGACCCCAGCAGUGGUGGCGAGCGGGAGCGGAUUCGACAGCGCAUGAAGAUGGUCAUUGGGCAGCUGGAGGACAUCCUGCGGGAGCUCAAGGAGGUGGCCAAGGAGCUAAGGGAGGUGGUGAGCCAGAUCGAUAAGCUAACCUCGGACUUUGACUUCGAACUGGAGCCGGAUGACUGGACCACAGCCACCGUGAGCAGCACCUCCAGCAGCGACAAGGUGGGCGUGGGCGGCCCCUUUGACCUGGGCCACCUGGACUUUAUGACAGCUGACAUCCUCUCGGAUAGCUGGGAGUUCUGCUCCUUCCUGGACAUCUCCACCCCCUCAGACUCCGUGGACGGCCCCGAGUCGACCCGGCCAGGGGCUGGCCCUGACUACCGGCUCAUGAAUGGCAGCGUGCCCAUCCCCAACGGGCCCCGGGUGGAGACCCCGGACUCCUCCAGCGAGGAGGCCUUCAGCGCUGGCCCUGUGAAGGGCCAGCUGCCCCAGCGGACCCCGGGCACACGGGAGAGGGUGCGAUUCAGCGACAAAGUGCUCUACCAUGCUCUAUGCUGUGACGACGAGGAGGGGGACGGCGAGGAGGAGGUGGGCCUGUCCCCGGAACCUCCCCACACAGAGGCCCACGCGGGCCCCCUCAAGCCCUCCCCGGCUCCCUACAAGCCGAGGCGCUCUCCACUGACUGGCCACCGCUCAGACCCCACCUUGGCCCCCGAGCAGACCCGAAGGGUCACAAGAAACAGCAGCACCCAAACGGUGUCAGACAAGAGCACUCAGACGGUGCUGCCCUACAUGGCCACCAGACAGAAAGCCAAGGGGAAAAACUAGGGGCCGGGGAGGGAGCCGGGGGGCGGUGGGCACAUAGAGCUAUAAAUAUAUAUAUAUUUAAACAAACGCAGUCAUAAUAAAAUUUUAAAAUGCUAAGGAUCCGGCCCCACAGGCCCCAAAGCUUUCACAGAGCUCAUCUUAGACACAGAGAUGCCUACUCACCUCUUAGGUCUCAGGAAGUGUGGCCAGAACUACCCUCCCUCCCUUCUCAUGGCAGGGCUCCUGAAGAGGGUGUCCAAAAGUGUGUAGGUGAGGUGGGGAA